GUGCGUGUCAAUCUGCAGGAUGUGACGCGUUCACAAUGACACACGUAUCGUUCAGAUUUGGCACCGGUUGAACAAUUGCGGGAUCCUGGAGGGGGACUCAACUCACACUUUAAAACUAACACUCUUCAUAACAUUCGAAUCUAAGCUGCUUUUUAUAUCUGACGGUUGACUUUUUAGGCUUGCCACCCACAAGCACUCUCCCUUAGGUGAGUGUGGUGCGAACAUCUGUGAAUUAGUUUCAUUUGUGAUCUGUGAUAAUAACUCCUGUGAUACUUCUCUGUGUGUGAUUUUGCUAAGAAGGAAUUUCAGGAUCUCAGCUGAUAUUUAAAAAUGGCAGACGAUGACUGGUUUGCAGGUGAUGAUGAUGCACCACCCCCAGCUGUCAAACCGCUAGGGAAAAAGGUAGCAGAAGAAGAAGCACCACCACCAUCAGAAGGUGAAGCACCGGCAGGUGGCGGUGAAGCGCCUGCUGAGGGGGGAGAGGGAGAAGGGGAAAAACCACCGGAAGAGGCAGAAGAAGCAGAAUACCUUGAUCCAAACAAAUUGAUAUUAUUCAAACACUGGAUAAGGCCUCGGUUCCUGCAGUACAAAUGCAUCUACGACUACCGUAAGAGCUACUAUGAUGACGUCAUGGAGACGUUGAACAGUCGCUGUAGGGGCGUGAGGAGAAACAUUCCCCCAGCCCAGACAUGGGCGGAACGAAUGUGCAGAUUGAGGAAGGACCCGCUGUACAGAGUGGAUAGAUUCGACCGAUUCUUAGACGACAUCAAGUUGGUUACGAAGAGCGAGAUUAGCGGGAAUUUCUAUAACUACUAUUCUAAGGAACAGUUCAAUAGACGGUAUUCCAAGCUGCUUUUUUAGAUGAAAUUUUAAUUUCGAAGGCUACAUUGAUAUAUGUUUACAGUAUUCCCAAUCCCAAUUGGAGUCGACAAAAAAAAAGAACCACAAAAAAUUGUAUAAUAUUUAAAAAAAAUGGUACGACAGAGCACAAAGGCCUCUGAAUCGGUCUUCGUAGGUUUUGUAUAAAAACGCAAGAUUGAUCUACUGUUACCAUACUUAUAUUAUAAUUUUUUUUAGUUGUACUUCGAGGCCACCGAGGUAGUCGGAACAUUAGUAAAAAUUGAAUCCUACAUAUGUGGUUUUAUUUAACGACCACAAAACAUGGAUAAUCAUCAGCGUGAAAACCACACGAUAAGUUUAAGAUGUAACGUUAUUGUAAAACGUGUUUUGAUAUUGGAAGAUUAAUUAUUCUGGAACUGGGUACCUGGUUUCAAUUUUAUAAUCAGUAAACUUAGGAAAAUCACUGAAAUAUCUUCCAUAUUAUUAAUUUCAUUAAACACCAUGGAAAUAAAAACAACUUUAAUUACGUCGAUGGUGUAAUCUCUUGAAUUUAGCUAUUGCGUAAGAUUUUCUCUGAAUUUAAGUAUUGCAGACUUCUAGAAUUGAUAGUAAUAUUAUUUACGGCAAAUUCAUCGAACAAAACUUUGAGACUGAAGUUGUGGUACUAUAGAAAUUUGACUUAAUUUUUCAUGAUGCCUUGUGUAUUUAUGUGCUAC